AUGAAAUUACUGGGAUUAAUUUCGGGAGGCAAGGACAGCAUUUACACAUUGUACAAUGCCAUAACAAAAGGCCACGAAAUUGUUGCUCUUGGUCACCUAACUCCCGCAAACGAUGAAUUAGAUAUUGACAGUUAUAUGUACCAAACAAUUUGCUCAAAUCUCAUACCGUCCAUUGCCAAGUGCCUAGGGUUUCCUCUGUUCAUCCAGAAGAUUAUGGGCAGUUCUCUAAAUACUCAUAGCCUAGAUUACGUGCACGAUGCUGCUGAUGAAGUGGAGGAUCUUUACUCGUUAGUUUCUAAUGUAGAGGCAGAAAUAAAAAUUGAAGGAGUCAUUACUGGCGCUAUCUGCUCUGAAUACCAAAAAAGGAGAGUCAAUAAUGUGUGCCAAAGGCUUAAUUUGGAUACUUGUCAUCCACUGUGGAUGAGAGAUCAGGCACAACUGCUGGAUGAGAUGAUUAAAAGUGGGCAAAGAUCGAUCGUGGUGAAAACUUCUUCAAUGGGUCUAAAUAAACAACAUUUGGGCAAGUCAAUAAAUGAAUUGCAAUCGCAUUUCAUGGAAUUGCACAAUAGAUACGGGUUUAACAUAUGCGGGGAAGGAGGGGAAUAUGAGACAAUUACACUAGAUUCGCCAAUUUACAAGAAAAAACUCCUUGUAAACAAAUGGGAGAUAAUAAAAACAUCAAACGAUAUUUUUGCACCAAGCCUUCUUUAUGUACCAAGACAAUGGGAACUUGUUGAUAAAUAG